AUGGCGCCUCAAUUCUCUUCUGGGCUAAAUAUGCCAAACAAGAACUCUUCGGGCCCAAAGCCGGCCAAUGCCUUCGGACAGAAGCGCAAGAAGAACAUUUUCGAUGACGACUCCGGAGAGGAAGACAAGCAAAAUGACGGCGCAAUGGAAAUAUCCGCGAUCGGUGGACUGGAUGUGCCAGUAUCGAAAUCGAAGCCCUCAUCGGAUGCCGGACCGCCCCCCAAGCGAAAGCUGCAAAUGGGUCUUAGUGGAAAGCCAGGCGCGAAGCCACUGAACAAGUGUUCUAUUUUUGCUCAUGAUGAGGAGGAUGAUGAAGAGAAGGAAAAAGAGCGCCAGGGAGAGGUGCGCUUCGGAUUGAACCAGAGACAAUCGAAGAACCCGACUGGCCUUGGCAAGGACUACAAGAACUUGUCUGCGCUACACAGCAGCAAGAAGUAUGCCGAAGAGGCAGAAGAACUCGACCCAUCAAUCUACUCCUACGAUGCAGUAUACGACAGUCUACACGCGAAGGAUGAUAAGUCUGCGACUGCCAACAAAAGUGAGGUGCCCAAGUACAUGACAAACUUGCUGCGCAGUGCAGAGAUUCGGAAACGAGAUCAAACACGCGCACGCGAUCGUCAGCUGGCGAAGGAACGUGAGGCUGAAGGCGAUGAGUUCGCAGACAAGGAGAGCUUCGUUACGGGCGCGUACAAGGCACAGCAGGAGGAGAUUCGGAAAAUGGAAGAAGAGGAGGAGCGAAAAGAGAAGGAGGAGGAAGAGCGGCGAAAGCAGAAUGGCGGUGCUGGCAUGGUCGGUUUCUAUCGGGACGUGCUGUCGCGUGGUGAAGCCAAACAUGAGCAGGCUGUCAAAGCUGCUGAAGAAGCCGCGCGCCGGGUCAAGACUAGCAAUAUUGACGAGGGUACGACGAAAGAGGCGGAAGAAAUGACCGAGACUCAGAAAGCGGAGAAUCUUAACGCCCGUGGUGCUCACAUUGCCAUCAACGACGAGGGCCAGGUGGUCGACAAGCGCCAAUUACUGUCUGCAGGACUGAAUGUGGCACCGAAACCGAAGGCCGCUCCAUCUGCCGCUCCUACAUCAGCUUCUCGACCCUCAGCCGGACGCCCUGGCGCCGGAGCUGGUUAUCAGACUGGCCGUGCUGCUCAGCGGGCCCGCCAAACCGAGAUGAUCGCUACUCAGCUGGAGGAGCAAGCUCGGAGAGAGGAGGAGGCCGAGGCUGCCAAGCAGAAGGAAAUUGCGGAGAAAAUUCGCAGCCGCAAGACAGUGACCGAUGUGUCCAGCGCGAAGGAGCGGUACCUGGCGAGAAAGCGGGAGCGGGAGGAAGCUGCAGCAAAGGAAAAAGCCGGGAAGUAA